AUGGUUUCCAAGUUUAUCGCAAUUAUCGCCGGCGUUGGCCCUGGCACAGGCGCCUCGAUCGCCAGAAAGUUUGCUAAGGCGUACUCUGUUGUUGUUCUGGCUCGAAACCCAGAAAGCUUCGAAGUACUCGUUCAGGGGAUCAAUGCUAGUGGCGGCCAAGCCUUCGGCAUUAGCACUGACGUCUCAGACUUAGAGAGCAUGAAUGCCGCCUUUGAUAAGAUCGCAGCUCAAUACCCAUCGUCUAAGGUUGCCGCCGCGGUGUUCAAUGCUGGCGGCGGCUUAGUCCGAAAGCCAUUCCUUGAACUUACUAAGCAGGAUUACUCAACCUCACUUGCAUCUCAAGCACAAGGUGCUUUCAACUUCGCUCAACGCUCUCUCCCGCUCCUGAUGGAUUCUCGUGAAUCCUCCGAGUAUCCGCCAACUCUGAUCUUUACCGGAGCUACAGCGAGCCUAAAGGGCUCAGCUAACUUUGCUGCCUUUGCCUCGGGCAAGUUUGCACUACGUGCGUUAGCACAGUCGCUUGCUCGUGAGUUUGGACCGCAGGGUGUGCAUGUCUCGCAUACCAUCAUUGAUGGUAUCAUUGACAUACCCCGGACCAAGGCAUGGGCCAAUGAACACGUGGAUGGGAAAUUGAGUCCUGAUGCUAUUGCGGACUCGUAUUGGUUUCUGCACACUCAGCCACGGACGACAUUUGCCUUUGAAUUAGAUCUCCGUCCAUAUGUCGAGAAGUGGUAG